AAAAGCACCGGGGAUUUGCCUUCAUUGAAUUUGAGCUGGCAGAGGAUGCGGCAGCAGCUAUUGACAACAUGAAUGAAUCUGAGCUCUUCGGCAGGACGAUUCGUGUGAACUUGGCCAAACCAAUGCGAAUUAAAGAGGGAUCAUCCAGGCCUGUCUGGUCGGACGAUGACUGGCUGAAGAAGUUUUCGGGGAAGACUCUGGAGGAGAACACAGAGGAGGCAGGAGCAGAGGCUCCCAAAACAGAGGUGCAGGAGGGCGAGCCUCCUGCCAAGAAAUCCCGGGUCAACCCUCAGGUUUACAUGGACAUCAAGAUCGGAAACAAACCUGCAGGGCGGCUGCAGAUCCUCCUGCGCUCAGAUGUGGUGCCCAUGACCGUAGAGAAUUUCCGCUGCCUCUGCACCCACGAGAAAGGCUUUGGCUUCAAAGGGAGCAGCUUCCACCGCAUCAUCCCCCAGUUCAUGUGCCAGGCUGGCGACUUCACCAACCACAACGGCACCGGAGGCAAAUCCAUCUAUGGGAAGAAGUUUGAUGAUGAAAACUUCAUUCUCAAACACACGGGGCCAGGGCUGUUAUCGAUGGCAAACUCUGGCCCAAACACCAACGGCUCCCAGUUCUUCAUCACUUGUGAUAAAACAGACUGGCUGGACGGGAAGCACGUGGUGUUUGGGGAGGUGACGGAGGGCAUGGAUGUGGUGCGGCAGAUUGAGGCUCAGGGCACCAAAGAUGGGAAACCGAAGCAGAAGGUGAUUAUCUCGGACUGCGGGGAGUGCCCAUGAGCUCGGCUCU